GAAAAAUGUGUCAUUAAUAUCAAUCCAUAUCAAUCUUUCAAGCUUUGACAUACGAACUAAAUUUACUGGUAAUAAUAUUAUAACAAACUUCAAUAAGUGAUUCACUGGACAUGGAUAGGUGCAAGCAUAAACGAAAUUAUAUGGACGAAAUGUAUAAUAUUAUAUGUAAAAUAGAAAGUUUGAAGCCCGAGCCUGAGAUGUGCAACGUGAGCUGCCCUCCUCUAGGAUGUCCUCGAGGACCCUGUCCGGGAAUGUGCUACUCAAAAGGAAGAUUGCUUGAUCCUUGCUGCGUGUCGAGAAUGUCAUGUAGCUCGUCACUCCAUCCAUCUCAUCAUUGCAUGUCACGAUGUUUAAAUGACUAUGCAUGCAGUGUGGUUCGCUUGCCGUAUUACGGCUCUUCAUCGAUGAUUAUAAAUCGAGGAAACCCACAUAACCAGAAUGGUGGUUGUUUCAAUCCUCAUGAUCAAUCAGGAUUCCAACAAGCUUUCCACUCUUCUAUGACUCCAUCGGAAUACAUCAAACAGAUGUUAAUGUGUACUCAAGAAAGAAUCAAUUAUUUGCUGAAACCAGGUCGCAAUAUAAACGUACGAUCUUUAUAUUACAAUUGCGGAAGCCACUGCUUUAAAGUUUCGCCUAGUAUUGUUCUUUUUCAACGAUUUGUUCCCGGCAAUUUGUACAAUACGACACUCACGAUUCAAAACUUGACAAAAAUGUCACGGUCCCUGAAGCUCUCGCGCGACCCCGAUCCUUUCUUUUCCGUGGAAUAUCAUGGAUCAAAUUACAGUACUAUGAUAGCGCCAGGACUCGUUCAAAUUUAUAACGUCAGGUUCAACCCGUCAGAGAAGCGAGAUUACGAAUAUCAUAUCAAGUUUAUCAGUGAUACCGAGGUCUUCGUGGUACCAGUAAUCGCCAUUGGUUUGAGACCUAUUCUAGACAUUCCUGAUCAGAUCGAAAUACCAGCUACUGCGGUGAAAAUUCCCUCUUCGAAAACUAUUCUGGUACGCAAUGUAGGAGAUGCACCAGCGAUCUUUAAUUUUUGCUCGGAAAGUUCUUGUUUCUCAAUUGAACCGUCAAAAGGCAUAUUGGGGAAAGAAGAAAUGAUGCAACUCACUGCUAAUUUUUUAUCUAAAGAAUUUGGCGAUUUUGAAACAAAUGUUUUACUUAAUUAUGAAUCAGGAGAAAAGCUCUGUUUAAGGUUACUGAGUUCAGCAAUAAAUUGCACGAUUCGAAUUGACAGACAUAGUAUCAGAAUGGAAGACACUUAUUUAGGUUUAUCUAGAAGUAAAGUUCUAACGAUACACAAUAGAAGCGACUACGUAGUGAAAUUCCAAUGGAUGCGUUUUAAAGACAAUGAUACCGAUGUACAACGCAAAGAAGAGUAUAAAAAAUUAUUUCAACUGGUGCAUAGAGUCGAAGUAGUACGUCGUGUCAAUCUUGUUCAUUACAAUAUUUGUCUGCCAGAUAUUCAUGAGCUUGUCUGCAAACGGAUUUAUACAGACGAGAUUGCUUCAUUGACGAAUGAAGAUUUCCGCUACAAUCAUACAUCUUUCCUUCUUAUGCCUGAGGAAGGCGAAAUUUGGCCACAAUCUUCCGCAGAUAUCACGGUGAUUUUUCGAGCCAUGGAAGUAGGCGAGAUAUCGAGCAUCGCUUAUCUUGAAGUCAUGGGUCGCGAAGACAGAAUACCUCUGAGCCUUCGCGGAACUGGCAAGGGACCAGUUUUCCAUCUCAAUGUGAUCACUAUCGAUCUUAGCAGUAUCUUUCUAUGCUCCGUGCACAAUUAUGAGAUUGUAGCAGCAAAUCAUGGACACAUUUGUGGUACGUUGAUUCAUAAAGAAAGACCGACAGAUUUUGGUGGCACUAUUAGUAUUACUCCAAAUGCUCGAACGUUAAAACCGGACGAAUAUAAAUCAUUUAAUUUAUCAUUUUCUUCAAAUCGGAAAGGAGACUUUAUAGAGCGAAUCGACUUCAUUAUAAAAGAGAGUUUAGAAGUAUUAUCCUUACAUAUCAAGGGAUGUGUGAUAUGUCCAACGUUGCAUUUCGAUAAGCAUAUUCUUGAUUUUGACGAAACUGCUUUAGGAUUUAUCAAAAAACAGGAAGUAAGUCUUCAUAAUUUAUCUUUGGUACCCGUCACGUUCGGUGUAACUAUAAUGGAGGAUGGUGAUCAGACACCUUUGACUUACGAAGAGUUUGCUACAUCUAAAGUGAAACCAAGUUUUCCGACUAACCCUCGCGAGUUUACGGUUAUUCCACAGAAAGGGGUAGUGCAGGCACAUAGUUCGCUUAAAUUAAAGGUAUCGUAUAUAGCGAACGUGGUUCGAACUGGACGGACGAAUAUGAGAGUCGACAUGUGGGAUUCAGAUUCGAAUCCCAUAAUACUACCGCUCUCAUUUUGUGGCGCUAUUCCUUCUCUAUCGAUCAAGCCUAUGGAAAUCAACAUUCGAUUUUCUUUCAUCAACUUUCCGUAUUCUCGUUCCAUCAAUGUAGAAAAUGAUUCUGAUUUAGAUGGAUAUUUUUAUAUAGUACCGCAGAUGAUAUCCGAGAAUAUGCUUAUUGUAUAUUCAUUAUCAUCCUAUCAAGGUUUUCUAAAAGCACGACAAUCGAAGACAAUUGAUAUCACGAUUAUUACAAAAAAUUUAGGCAGGCAGACGACAACAUUAAAUAUGCUGACAAUGGGUGAACAGGCUCCAGUUACGUCUUGUGUGAUUAUUUGUAAUGGCCAAGGACCAGUAGUAUCUGUGCAACCUAUUUGUCUCAAUUUCGGAGAGAUACAAGUACUUCAAGAUAAAGUUAUGAAUUGUAACAUAAUUAACGACUCACCAAUACCAGCGCAGUUUAAAUUAACAUCAGUAAGUACUUUUUAA